UGGAGUGCGCGCAAGUGGUGUUGAGUCGUGUUUGCGCUCUUGUGCAGGCAACGGAGAGUACACCCGAGCAGAACGGAAGUCGAGAAUGGCCCCCGAACGCCUUCUUUCCCAUACAUUCUCGGCCCAAAAUGUCUCAAAUCCCUUCCCGUGGCGUCAAUUGUGGCUUUGCUUCUGCUCCUUCUGUCUUCUGCAUGGCUCAUGGCUCAUGGCUCUCUCUGCCUUGUCUGCCGUCUUUCCUUGCUCUUUUCUUCAGCACCACCACCAGCAGCAGCCACUCACUUACUCACUCACUCUUCCACUUCUCUGCUCGCCUCUCUCUCCACCUCCACUCUCCACUACAGUACCGCGAUAUAGCUUACUCGUGCAGCGCAUCCUCAUGUCUCCGAGAGACUUGCCUCUGGCACUUGGGCACCGCAUCGCAGUGCAGCAGCGUGCAUUAGCUGGUCACGGUAGUCUCAGAGAGGCAUGUGCAGUGCGAUCACUCCUGCAGUCGCUCAUCGAAGGCAAGACCAAAAACACCUUGGCAAGGGACUGCAAACCUUCUCGAAGCUUAGCUGAAGUCUCUGCUCUAUUCUUGCCAAGAUCAUCAUCUAUCUUAAUGUCCGAUUCAUCUAUAUUACCGACUGCGAUCUAGUGUCGUGUUGUGCAUGCAUUAACAUUCCUGUAUUAUCGCAUCCCGCACGUGUCUCUUGCACAUCAUCAUCCUCAUGGGCAUCGCGGCGUUGUUUUCUUUUGUUCCACUGCAGCACGAUGCCACCUGCCAGGGACCCAGCGAGUCCAAUAGCAGCGCUGUUCCUCC